AUGGCUGGCUGCCGAGACAAAAUUUUCUUUUUUAACUUCCUUAUUUCCUUUAAUCUUUCUUUUCAUCAUCUGUUCUUUUUUCAUUCCUUCCCCUUUUUUCUUAUUCUUUUCAUUAUUUUCAUUUUUCUUCCUUUUCUUUUUUCCUUAGUUAUUCAUUCUUUUUCAUUGUUUCCUUAUUAUAUUCUUUUUCCUUUUUCUCAUUCUUCUUUAUUUUCCCUCUAUUUUUACUUUUUCUUAUACUUAUUCUUUUUCCCUCUUUUUUUUCCUUUUACUCAUUCUUUUUUUCUUUCCCCCUCUCUUUUUAUCUUUUACUCAUUUUUUUCUUUCCCCUCUUUUUUUCCUUUUACUCAUUCUUUUUUCUUUCCCCCUCUUUUUUCCUUUUACUCAUUCUUUCUAUUCUCACUUUUUCCUUUUUCUCAUGCUGCUUUUUUUUCUCAUUUUUUGUUUCACCUUUUCUCAUUCUUUUUUCUUUGCUUGCUUUCAUUCUCUUUUGAUUUCCUCAUUUUUUAUGUUUUCUUAUUCUUCUUUCUUUUCUUUUUUUUGCUCUCAUUAUUUCAUUAUCCUCUUUCUUCUUAUUCUUCCCCCCCUACUCAUUUUCAUUUUUCUCAUUUUCAUUCCUUUUAA